CACGUUAUUGUGAUAGAGUCUGCAGAGGCUGCAGGUCCUGGGGUCAAGCAGGAGCGGUCUGAAGGAGAGGAGGACCCACGGCACAGCAGAGACAUCCAGACUGGAGGGUCUGUAGCGCCCCCUGUAGCCACGGAGGACAACACCACCACCCCAGCGCCGCCCAGGACCCAACGCAGCAUCACGGAGGUCAGUGGAACGCAGAACGCCGUCCUCAAGUCAGAGACAGACACCAAGACUUUAACUGUAACACACAGGCUCUUACACACAGCAUCUGACCACAGAUCAGACCCAGAGAGACAUGGGCUGGGGAGACUGGGCUGUCCUCCUGCUCCCGGCUCAGACUAUGUACCGGUAUUUCACCAGAACGAGAGGAUGGUUCAUUCUCGUGAGGAUGGUGAUGGUGACGCAUUAGACACUGGCGGUGAUGAUCCGUCUUGUUCUUACGCUACAGAGAUGGACCCUGGCAACAUAUCCUUGGGUUUAGAGACACAGACUGAUCUGUCUAGAGGGGACUGGAACCAGUACAGUAGUAGUGUAUACUCUGAAGGGUGCCAAGAUAAGAAAGGGGAGGGUCUGGUCAUAGAUGAAGUGACUGUGAAAGUGGAGGACAACGAUUCUCCUACAUGGAAUGCAGAUAAUCACUUCGGAGACGGACACUCACAGGGAAGAUAUUUCUUAGAUUACAGGGAAAGAUUAAAGACAAAUCCAAAUGUUGCGACCCACUCGCCUUUAUACGCGUUCGGGGACCGUGACCCAGUGUCCACGUCGAUGGGGCCUUCCGAUUCACACGGCCACGUCCUUUUCGAUCAGGUAUUGCACUCAAACGACAGUGCUAGAGCCCAGGCUCGGGAAGGGGGAGCAACAUCAUGCAAUAGUAAAGAGAAACAGUUCCUCUGCAUGUUCUGUAACAAAGGCUUCAGCAGCCCCCAGAAUGUGGAUAUUCACCAGAGGGUCCACAGAGGGGUUAAACCCUUCAGCUGUACCCAGUGUCACAUGCGCUUCGCCCAGUCUAGUGACCUGAAGAGGCACCAGAGGGUCCACAUAGGGGUGAAACCCUUCAGCUGUACCCAGUGUCACAUGCGCUUCACCCAGUCUAGUGACCUGAAGAGGCACCAGAGGGUCCAUACAGGGGAGAAACCCUACAGCUGCCCCCAGUGUCACAUGAGCUUCACCCAGGCUGGCAGCCUGAAGAGGCACCUGAAGGUCCACACGGGAGAAAGGCCGUUUGCCUGUCCGCACUGCGGGAAGAGGUUCUCAGAGAGGAGAUACCUUAGGAUACACCAGCAGAAAAACCAUUCCACUCUAUGAACUAGAAACAAUUCCAUGUUAUUGCUUAUUACGUUUAGAUCAAACCCUGCAUUAAAGACAAAGAUUACUUUUCAUUGUUGUCAGCAGAAAAGAUCCACAGAUGCAUUUGGAGUAGAGAAAGUAACACAUUUCAGUGUUGAAUAUUCCUGGUUUGAUCGAGAAUGACUGAUGAUUGGCUGGAAGAAAUUAAUAAUAAGAAGCUUGUGGGAGAUGUUUUGUUAGACUUCAGUGCAGCUUUUGACAUUCUCGAUCAUAAUUUGCUGCUGGAAAAAUGUAUGUUGUGGCUUUACAUGCCCUGCUAUAUCGUGGAUUGAGCGUUACCUGUCUAACAGAACACAGGUAGAGUCGGGCAUUCCCCAGGGCAGUUGUCUAGGCCCCUUACUUUUU